CACAUCGAAGCAACAUCAGCUACUCUACUAGGCCUUGGGCCAUGGGCAUCCAACGAAUUCAACUCUUUAAUAAGGUUUACUACUUUUCUGCACCAGCAAGAUGUAGCCGUCAAGUUCGCUCCAUUGGAACACCUGGCGGAGGAUGCUGCUCCUAUCACACCGUACCUGUGGUAUCCAAGCUGUUGACACCAUGGAUUCGUUCGGGCAUUCAACUCCAACGCUGCAACUUGAGCUCCCACAGCAAGUCAGCGUCAUCAGGCAAACAAAACGAUGGAAUCCAUUCUGAAACAGUGCGCACAGUGGCGAAAUGGAUUCAAGACUUGGAAAAGCAAGGACUGCCCAAAAUAAUAGUCUUGUGUGGCGCAGGUGUUUCUGUGGCUGCUGGAAUUCCUGAUUUUAGGUCUCCCGGCACCGGUCUGUAUGACAACUUGCAAAAGUACAAUCUUCCCUAUCCUGAGGCGGUCUUUGAUCUCGACUAUUACCGUCAGCGCCCCCAGGCGUUCUUGUCUCUUGCCAAAGAGAUUUGGCCUGGUGUGCAAGAACAGCACUCUCCAACCUUGACUCAUUCUUUUCUGGCUUUGUUGGAACAAAAUAACCUUUUACUCAGAUGCUAUACACAAAACAUUGACGGCUUGGAGUUCUUGGGAGGCAUGAGCUCAGACAAAAUUAUGGAAUGUCACGGCCAUUUUCGGUCUGCUAGCUGCAUUCGGUGCGGUUCACCCGCAGACAUUGAAAAAGUAAAGGAAUCCAUUCUGCAACAGCAAGGAACUCCCAUGUGCGAGCAAUGUCAUAUUGGUCAUGUCAAGCCAGACAUCGUAUUCUUUGGAGAGGCGCUUCCUCCCAGACUGAACUUGCUCAUACAGAACGAUCUUCCAAGGGCGAGUCUCAUGCUUAUCCUGGGGACAAGUCUUCAAGUCGUCCCCGUUUCUUUGAUUCCUGAUUGGGUUCCAUCAAGCUGUCGCCGAGUCCUUCUGAAUCGAGAGUUGGUGGGAAACUUGGCCAUUGGAACCGGUAGCCACCCAAACGAGAAGUCAAGGGAUUUGUUUCAAGCCGGAGAUUGCGAUGACAGCAUCUUGGCCAUCUGCCGAGCAUUGGGAUGGGAAGACCUACUCAGGAAACAAAACGAGGCUACUCGAAUUCGUGCCACCGCUACCACAACAAUGGAUGCCAAGUAGGCACGCACGAAGACGGACUCGGCGAGGAGAACCCUCACCGCUUAUGUACAGGGCACCACGGGAAAUCUGUCUCUCGUGUUGUUUCCCCAUCCUUCUGCUAAUCAGUACUUGGAGAGGCCCAGGAUGCUGGCAGCUCAGAAUGGUUUGGAUUCUUGUUGAUUAUCUUUCCUAAAAUAUACAUUGUUUGCUAUCCGUUAGCACAUUCAGUAACUCCGUCCGUGUGGUGCACUUCA